AACUACGUAACCAGCGUAACGCAGUCGUCACGACCACACGUGGCUAAUUGUAAUAUCUCCCGGCGUGCCCCGGGCCGUUACGUCAUCAAUGACUAAAAAACUGUCAUGGCGUGGAUCAGUUGUGGUUCUCUGCGAGGGACGCGACUCGAACGAUUCGGCUGAAGGCUGUGUCUCACGCCCGAUCCUGCCUGCGUCAGGAACCCGAAACGGCAGUUCUUUGAUGGCUGGACGUAAAUGCGGCGGUCGCGAUGGAUAUUGACAGUGAUUUGGACUUAAAUUUGCUGCAGCAAUUCAGCUGCCUAGGCACCACGGACCGUGAUGUUUUAGUCUGCCAGCUUCAAAAAGUGCUGGGCUACCAGCUCAACCCGGCAGGAUGCGCAUUCUUCCUCGACAUGAACAACUGGAACCUCCAGGCUGCUGUCUGCUCCUAUUUCGAUUUCGAAGCUCCAAAGGAAAAUGGGCCUGGCAUGACUCUCAUAAAAGACGUUACCAUCGGAGAAGGUGAAGCGGUGCCGCCCAAUACGAGGUUUAUCAAGACGUGGAGGAUACAAAACACAGGGGAGUCCGACUGGCCACCGAUGUGCACCCUGAGGUUCGUCGGGGGCGACCACCUGGGCCACACGGACAGCGUCGGGGUCGAGUCGCUCCGGCCCGGGGACACGACCGACGUGUCCGUGGAGAUGGCGAGCCCCGGCAAGCCAGGCAUCUACCAGGGCCAGUGGCGCAUGGCGUCGUUGGGUGGCCAGGUGUUUGGCGAGGUGAUCUGGGUGAUCCUGACGGUGGCGGAGGGCGGGCUGUUGGCGGUGACCCAGCAGAUGGAGGCCUUUCACCAGCUGGGGUCGCCCCCCAGGGGAACACCCACGGUGCCCCCAGCCGGAAACCCCUUCGCUACUUCUCCAGGGACGGUCACAGAACUGGCACCACCCUGUGAACGGCCCAGCUCCCCGUUCUCGGGCUUCCCCGCGACACCGCCGCACCAGCGGCAGCCGUUUCCCCACCAGCAGCACGCCAGUGAACCUCCUUCGCCCAUGCGCACUGGGCUUCCACACGAACACGGAGCGGUGGGUGAUGGCGUCAUACGGUGUCCCUCCGCGCUCAAUCACAGCCCCGACGACAUGAUGUCCUGAGAUGAAUGUCUGCUGGGAGGAAGUUUGCCACAAAACCCACCACCCCUAUUCGUUUUUUUUUUCUCUCUUCCGUUUUAUUUUUUGGAUCAUCACUUCAGCAGUUGGUGUGUGUGUGUGCUUGUGCGUUUAGCGUGGCAGACUGCUUAGUAGGGUUGUGUGCACGGCGACGACGGCCACUCGUCUACGACCGCCGAGAGCAGACGCCUUCCUUACGGACAACGGACGGACGGCGCCCGACGUUAUUGUCGUGGCGGUCUGUCCUCUUUCUCUCCCCUCUCGCACAUAUUUUGCUGUGUCUGCUAACGGUGUGGUGGUCGUCGGGAACCGUUAGGUUCAAUGGUUUUGGCUGUUCAUAGAGCGAGUUCCUAGGUUUUUAAAACUAGGUAGCUGUUUUCUUUGGUUUGGGAGGCAGGUCAAAGGGUCCCGGUCAUUCUUGAUGCUUCCGUUUUUUUACGUAAGCUAGACUCAGCAGUUUUCUACGGGCAGGAGCUUUCACAUGAAGUUUUCAGCUCUUAAAAGUCAAGUGCGGUUUCUUUUUUUCCGGCAAAGGAUGUUACGAUCAUGUUAGAUGAUGCAGACUACCCAGAUUCUUUAUUUAGUUUCCUUUAUUUUUUGUUCAGGUCGAAAAGCUCAUGUCGCUGACGAGACAGACAGCACGAUCAAGCUGCCCGUAAGACGCCGGCUAUAUCGGUCUUUCGUUUUUGUUUCUUUUACCAAAUACAGUCUAGAACAUAAACUUCAGGUUUGCGAAGGUGCGCUUUUUAAAUAGAAAAUGAGAGAGAGAGAGAGAACAAACGUGGAAUUGACGCUUCUCACACGCAAGGUUUCUAUUUCUUUUUUUUUUGUUUGAGUGAGUCUUGGACAAGAGAGCGAGCGAUUUUAACAAUGGCCUCCUUUUGCCUUCUCUUCAUAUCCUCUCCCCUUGCGGUGAGCGUGCGGAUGCUUGCGUGGCCCUUUCAGGGCAUAAUCCUUUAUCAGGAGUCUUCUCUGUUCGGAAUGGUGAAAAUGCGACUAUGGAAGUCUUCGGUUUUGAUAAAACUGAUGCAAAGUA